AUGCCGUCCGGCUCCGGCGGUGCGCCACCGUCUGAUGCGAUGGAUGUUGCCGUCAAAAGGACCGUUCUUGCUCCCAGGAACGGCCCAGAGGCCGCGGCGCUGCCAGGCGGUUCGGCCGCGAAGCGGCGGUUCUCGUCUCCGGCGCCGGCCAAGCAGCGAGAUCCGUCGCCUGCGGUGAAGGGAGCGUCCCGGGCGGCGUCUCCCUCUGUCAAGGGCGCCUCCAGAGCGUCGUCACCUGCCGUGAGAGGCACGUCCAGGUCGUCGUCGCCGGCCCCGUCGAAGUGUGUGGUUCCCAGCCUUGUUGCGGCCAAGGAGGAGAACCGCAGGGUCGCAAAGGAGCCAGCCAUUAUCGUGCCAUCGAGGUACAGGCAGCCUUCACCAGGAGGGAGAAGGGGAGCGGCCUCUCCAGGAGGCGGUGGCAGGCGGGGCUCCCUCUCACCCGGUUCCCGGAGGCUUUCGGGAGAAGGGGGCAGCAAGAAGAAGGUCGGGGUGUUGGUUUCUGGUAUCUCGAAGAUGACAGAUUUGGGGAGCGGGUCGGCCAUGAAGCCGGGGAGGAAGAGCUGGGACGAGUCGGCAAUGGCUCUUGCAGCUGCGGCCGCUGGCACGGUGAAGAAGUCCAAGGUCAAGGUGGACAGAGAUACUAUUCUGAGGACUCAGGAAGCAAUGUCACGGCGACUUAGUGACGCUACAACAGAGCUAUCGAGUAACGAUGACUCCUCUGUUGAUGAGAAGCCAAAACCACGAAAGAAGACAGAGUCUGCUGCAGGGAAGGCAAAAACAGCAGCUCCAAAAAUCAUACUUCAUGAUGCUAAAUGGACUGAUGGCAGCAUUCCACUGGUUGCAGUUUCAGAUAAACUUUCGAAGAUCGGAAAGGAAGCUGCUGAGCGGAGAGAUGCAGCAGCAGCCGCUGCAGCUGACGCUCUGCAGGAGGCAUUGAUCACUGAUUCAGUUAUCAGAAAUCUGAGCAAGUUCUCUGAACUUUGUUCGUUGUCGAAGACCGCGAAUCCACUCCCAACUGUCGAUUGUUUCCUUGCUGUCUAUGAAGACACUCUGAAGUGGAAGAAAAUCGCCGAGUCACUGGCCACCAACGGAGCAGAUGAAGCUGCAUUCUGGGAGAAAUCAGCCACUCAUUGGGUUGAGGCAGCAUUAGCAACCGAACUGGAGGUCCUCAAGCUUGUUAACAGCGCCACUGGAUCCAUCUACCAGAAGAAGAGCACUGAAAAGCCCAAGGCUCCUCCUGCAGUGGAACCACCAAGAACAAGCCUGUCCAAGAGGCCAUCUCUUGGAGCUUCUGCAAAGGUCCAGUCCAGGGCAUCACAUCUCCCUGCUGCAUGGCCUAAAACUCUGGGCAUGAACGAGACGGUUGAGCUUGCCCACACCUUGUGCCACGAGAUGCAUGUCUGGUUUCUGAAAUUUGUGAACGAGGCCAUGGAUGUGGGCUUCCACCUGUUUGAAGACCAGAACAUCGCAACUAGGGGAAAGCAGAGCGGCCAUAUCACGGUGGUCCUGUCGCAGUUCAAGAGGAUCAGCGACUGGCUGGACGGAGUCGGCAAGAUCGCCGACGAGGAUGCGACCAAGGACAAUGUGGAGCGCUUGAAGCGCAAGAUCUACCAGUUCGUCAUCAGCCGCAUGGGGUCUGCCUUCGAGAGCUCGGUCUCAGUUUCAGCAAAGAGCUGA